GUCUCAUCUGUGAGUGACAGCGCAGAGACGACGACAUUUGUCGCAUUUGUCAAUAUUUUUAGAAAUAACUGGUGUGGAAUCGGAAUGGUUUUAUUAUUGUAAAACGUUAGCAUGAUUGCCUUUUUCAAGAAAACAUUUAAAUGGAGCUCGCCCAAAAAAGAAGACAACAAGAAAAUCCAAACAUCCCAUUAUAUCAUAGCAGUUUUUACAGGCAUACUUGAAGAAAUAUUAUUUUGGAAGAAACUCUGGCUGUCUUUGUCUUGUAUCCUGUUUUUGAAUGUGAUAUUUUUUGUUUUUAGACAUAAAGAAUUCAACUUAUUAAGUUUAUCAAUAUAUUUAUACAUUUCGUAUUUAUUAAUUGAUGGGUUUGAAGCCUGGCUAAAAUAUAAACAUAGGACUACAUGCUUGAAACGUCUAGCAGAUCAAGAUGGAUCUCAACUUAAAGCAAUGGCUGCUCAACUAAAAACAUGGUUUUACAAGAAAUGGCUGGAGUUUAUGUAUUUGCGAGAUACUAAUCCUACAAAAGCCUUUUUGUUGAUCAACAUUAUAUUAGGAAUAAUAUUCUUAACCGGACAAUAUUUAAGGGGAUACGUAAUAAUGUACCUUUUGAGUAUGACUCUUACAUUAUUCUACAAAAUGCUUCCACCAAUAGUAACAGUGAUAAAAAAAAUACAACAAAAUGCAGAAUCUGAUGUGGAAUUUGAAGGACUAAUGCCGGAAGUAUCUGAAGUUGAUAUAAAUUUGCUUACUAUAGAACCUGAAUCAAACCAAAUUUAUGAUGAACGACAAAGUUUAGAUUAUUGGAAACCAGAUGAUGUACCUCUUGAGGAAGCAAGUGACAGUUCUGAAAAUAGUAGUUCUCUUGUAACAAAUCUGUCAAUAGAAAAAAUGAAAACUCUAGAUAAAAAUGUCGAAACUUCAGAUUCGAGUGAAGAUGAAUACAUGCCACGAGAUCAACAACAAAAAGAACAACUGCUUUCUACUUUGGAAGAGAUCCGGUCAACGCCCGCGUGGAGUGCUUCAGCUUACAAUGCGCUUUGGAAUAUAACGGGCGUCGUCACAAACUUGAUGUAUACUAAGACUGACGAAACAACUAAAAGAAAACGCGUCUCUAGUGUUGAUUCCUCAGAUGGAUUUGAAAUGGUGGAUAAACAAGACUUAAUGUAACAACAAUUAACAUAUCAAGGUGAUUGGAAUAUUUGAAUGUAACAAACCCGUGCCAACGAGGUCUAAUGAAGCUACUUAAUAAUA